UCUAAUGAAAUACAUGUGAAAGUUAUUAUUUAAUUUUUUUUAUAAGUUUGUACCACAAAUGUACAGUGAAAGUGUAUGGGAUUCAAUAUACAAUGUAAAAAAUUUACUUCGAGUUUUAUUCCAUAUACUAAUCACCUACAAAUUGACAGGAGACAUUAUUGACAAACAAAUGACACAAUUUAUCUAUGAUGGUGAAUUGAGUUUAAGUAUAAUAUUUAUAAUUGUAUGCAAUUGAUAUGUGGAUGUAUAUAGUGACAAUAUUCUAGAAUAACAACAUAUAUUUCUAUCUUUUUAAAUCAUGUUCGAUAGGGAGUUUGUUGAAGUUAACCAAAUAAAUAAUUUUUUGUCGUUUUUGUGGAAUAUCGAAUGGAGGGACCCAUGGCUGAUAGCACUUUUUACUUUCCACAUUUCUAUAUUCAUGAUGGCCCUUCUCACACGAAACUAUGGAAAUUUCCAAGCUUUAUUAUUUUUCUGUUUAUUGUUAUUAGUAUAUUUUUCUGAAAGUAUAAACGAAUUGGCAUCGACUAAUUGGAAGAUUUUCUCAAGGCAGCAGUACUUUGACAGUAAUGGAUUGUUUAUAUCAGUAGUUUUCUCAAUACCAAUACUUAUCAACUGCAUAUUGAUGGUGGGGAGCUGGUUGUAUCAAUCGACCCAAUUAAUGACAAAUCUAAAAGUGGCCCAACUGAAAGAACAAAUUCGAAAAGAACAAGAAAAAGAAAAGCAAAAAAACAAGGAGGAAUGAGACAAAAAACUCGUUUAUAUAUUAAUCUCUCCAACACUUACACAAUCAAUAUUUAGUUAACGUAAUAUAAAGUUGUGGAAAUUAUUUUUUACGGUGGUAAUCAGGUAUUCGGAUUUAGGGUUUUAUUUAUAAAACGUUAGGGCGAUAAAAUUUUUUAGGCUUAUUUUUUUUUAUUAUUAUAAUAACCUCUCUGCGAUCCCUGUAGAUAUUUUUGAGCUAAAAUUUUUCUAAAAACAUUCAUUUAAAAAACAUACUUUCCAGAAAAAUUGACUUGCCAGCACUAAAUUUUGAAAAAUAUAUUUUUUUUUCCUAAUAUUGAUCUAAAUGAACAAAAUUAAUUCAAAAAAAUUGAUAUUCCCUUCUCUAUUAUGAAUUACAAUAUAAUUGUGUUGAAAUUUAUUAUAAAAAUCUUCAUCAAGUCAUUUCGAAAUGUUGAAAACUUUCAUAUAUCAUGUCCCAACUUUUUAUAUACUGAUUAAAAUCAAUAUUUUUCAUUGAUCAAUCCAUAAUUUCAAUUCCAACCUCAUUAUGAUAAUUUAGGACAAUUUGGACAAAUUACGGUCUAGAAUUACUUUACCGAAACAUCAAAUCCUCACCAAUGCAAAGACCAAAUACCAUCAGAAUCUCCUUUGUAUCCCUAUCUGAUGUUAUACAACCCUUAUUAAUAACUACCUAACCUAAAUUGACUCUCCAAAUAAUAAUCUUGUGUUUCGGAAGGUGUAUCUUCUAUUUGGUUUUCGAUAAACUGUUAAAAGUCUAUCGGAAUUGUAGAAAACCUUUCAUCUGAUAAAGAACUCUUUCCCUAUCUUCUUCAGCUCAAUCUUCAUUUACUGAAAGAACUUUUUCCCAACCUUAAUCAGCUCAAUUUUCUUCUGACCAAAGAAUUUUGUCUCAAUCUUCAUCCGUGCAAAUAAUUCUGUCCAAAUCUUCAUCUGAUGGAAGAACUUUUUCCCUCCCAAUCUUCAUCUGGUCAAAGAACAAUUAUAGUGCAAAAUUUGAAAGUUACAGUUACCAUUUGUUACACGCAGAAAAGAGAAAUAUUAAUUUUGAACCUGGUGUAAAUAAUUGGAGCAUCGUGUGUCUUUUGACUCCUUAUAAUGCAUUUAUGUUUAUAAUUUUUAGUAAUAAGAUUAAAAGAAAAGUUUAAGUACUAAUGUCAAAUUCUGUUUCUACUAACCAAACAAUGUUUAUAUAUAUAUAUUUUUUUUGAUUUAUUUUUGUUGAAUAAUUGACUAGUCACUUUCUGUGUCCCAAAAUAUGCCAUAUGUCAUUAAAACUUGUGAAUUUAAAAAAAAAGACUGAAUGUAAUUGGAAUUGUAGAUGUAUGUAUUUGUUAAUAAAUAUAAGCUUUUUGAGUAGAAUUU